AUUCAUUCAUUUUGAUCUAUAUAUAGGGCGUAAAGAUAUCUCCCUAUUGUAUGGCUAAAUCAUCGGUGGAUGUGUUCACCAAAUCAAUAGCCAAAGAGUUGCAAUCAAAGGGCAUUCGUGUCAAUUCAAUCAAUAUGGGACAGGUAGUUGACAGUGAGCUAACCCGUAAGGCCGGCCCACAGGUUGUGUCUAAACAGGAUAAGUCAAGCGGCGGUCGCGCACCCGAUGGCCACAAUAUGGGUCAGUCUGUGCUGUAUUUGGCCUCAAACGAGGCUCGGUUUAUAACCGGGAGUGUUUUGUCGGCCGACGGCGACUGGUUGUCCGCCAAUAUUAAUCUAAUGGCAAUCACUCAUUAA